AUGAACGGGCACGUUCUGCGGUUGCUGAAAGGUAAACCCAGGUGGACAAAAAAUGAAGAGAAUUGGCAUGGUGCAAAGGCACUGGGAUCUGGCGGACAGGGCUGUGCAGUCCUUUUCGUCAAGGUCGAUCCCAAAUCACAAAUGAUCGUUGACCGUGUGGUGGUCAAAGAGACUUAUGAUAUGGUAGGCUUGCCGAAUAAAUACUCUUCGACUGAACCUCUGGAAUUCUAUAUGAGCAAAAGACUGUCAAAAAAGACAAACACAGUCAACAUCUUUGCCUAUCGCUUGAAUCCAGGGCGAGACAGUUAUCGAAUGUACAUGGAAUAUUGCGCUCUUGGGGACUUGACAGACAAAUUGGAGCAGCCAUACCGAAGCCGCGGCCUUGCCUUCCCAGAGCCAUAUUUGUGGAAACUCUUCCUCGACCUUGCUCAGGCUUGCGAAGAUAUGGACAACCCAGUCGGUGAGGGACUGCACAAAGACAGUUUCAUUGCUCAUGUUGACUUCAAGCCUGAAAACGUGUUCAUGUGCCCCCCUGACAAAGACAACUUCCCGAAGUACCCAAUUGCCAAGUUGGGCGAUUUUGGAGGAGCCAUGCUCUCACAUCCGCAUGAAAGAUGGUUGACACACCGGGAUAAGACCAAUAGAUGCUUCAGGACUAACGGUAGUGUUGCGCCAGAGGUAUACCGGCUUGGGCUCGACAAUGGUGACCCACAUGAGAUUCCAAGAAGACACAGAGCACCAGGCCUGAAACUCCCAAGAGAUCCAAGGGUGACCACUACCACGAACGUAUGGAACGCUGGGCUUAUCAUUGGCGAGUUGAUGUUUCGAGAACCGCUCGAAGCCCCGAAAAAUCAUGUUGUGCCUCCGCACAAGGAGGAUAUCUGGUACUAUACUGCUCGCGAUGAAUGGAUUGAGAAGUUCAAUCUAUGCAAAGACGACAAUGUCUCUAUGCCUCAGUAUAGUGCUCGAUUGAAGAACUUGGUCAUGGCUUGUCUCGACUAUUUUCCCGAGAACAGGCCUACUCCAGCAAAACUUGUUGAGCUGGUCAAGGCAGCAGUCAAUCACCAUCCCAUCAUGUCAACUGCCGACUCUCUAAAACCUGAUCUCUACAAUGGUCGAUACGAUCUUGAUCGCUCCAUUCGAUUAAUUGACGAAUAUCCCGUCCACAGGUCGAAGAACCAAGAUGGUGAUUACGACAUGGCUGAUGGGGCGAGUAUUAGUUUCCCUUCCUCGUAUUCGGCAGAAGCAGGUGCUGGAGAAUCCGGAUCUGACGAAGAAACUGGCCCCGAAGCUGACUUCGCUGCUGUGGAUGCUAUGCUCGGAAUGAUUGUCCAGGGCUUCAAACAAUUGUGGAGGAAUUUCUAG